AUGAAGUUCAUUUUUAUUCUAUUCUUGCUAGGCACUGUCAAUGCGGCAACUCCAUGCAAGAAUCAAGACUAUUCUCGGCUGAAAAAUGGAAAAUGCUAUCGGUUGAUGAAAACGGCGACAGAUUAUCAAAGUGCGGUUGGUGGAUGUCGAUUGACAAAUGGGAAAUUGGCGGUCAUUCAUAGCUAUGAAGAUAACACUGAAGUCGGCGUGUGGUCAGCUGGAUGGAGCGCCCCUGAGGUUUGGAUCGGUUUAGUUUGCCCGACAUUGGGUACAUGCAAAUGGCAAGAUGGAACCGAUCUCGAUUACACGAAUUUUGACGAUACGCCGCCAAAUCUCAACAAAGGAACAUGCUUCUAUAUGGAGGCGGGAAAGAUCGAUUUGACCAAAUACAAUCCAUGGCAGAAUGAUGAUUGCACGGCACAAAGGAAUUUCAUCUGCGAGUCGACGAUGGAUGAUCCAAUAAUCUCGACAAUUGCCCCAACUACGCCGCCGAUCUCACAAGCAUGUGGAAGCUAUGAGUCAUGGAAUGGAGCAUGCUAUUCUGUUGGACGGACGAGAAUGUCGCAGAAUGACGCCGAGUUGGCGUGCAAUGCUGAUGGAGGACAUCUUGUGAGUAUUCACGAUGUACAGACAAAUGAUUACGUGUAUUCUCUAUUGCAAGCAAGAGGUGUUGAUGUCGCCGCGUGGAUUGGACUGAGAAGAUUAUCGAAUGGAGUCGACAUGUGGACAGACGGAACAAAAAAAGAUUUCGAUAUGGUUCCAACGGGUCUUCUCAUCCCCACUCCUUCAUCAUUAUCUAUCUCAGUCACCGAUCAACUUCUCCCAAGACAAUGGAUUCCAGAAGCAUCAAAUGCCACUCUAUCAUACAUUUGUCGAAGGCCCUCAAAUUUC